AUGGUAUUGAGAAGAGUCGUUUAUGCGGUUGUUUUUGUUGUUCUGAUUUGGGCGUUGGCGAUAAAGGACUCUGAGGGAAACAGGAAAAUACUUGAAACGUUUUUCAGAAGCACAAAUGGUUUGGCUACGCAGGAAAUGGACGAAAAUAUGGCGGUGCUUGCAUGGAUUCACUGCAGGAAAGUGAUAGACAGGAAAUAUACGGUCAAAAUUUUUGACUUGUACAUCCCACAAGAAGAAGCAAGGAGUGACCCCAAGUCUGCAAUUUUAACCGAAAGAAGUACUCCUAGGAGAUAUUUGGCAACCAUGGCGGUUCAGUCAACAUCACGAAGACGCACCCGAAAGCAGGCCAUAGCACAUGCAGCUGCACCGCCGAGCAAUGCUCCAGCACCUGCCAGCUUCAUUUCUCCUUAUUCUCAGCCUCCAGCUGAGGCUCCAGAAGACCCGUUUCAGUGGCAAGAUAUGAUUGACUCAGCUCCAACACCUUCACCACCCCAAAAAUAUUCUCCACCACCUGAGGCUCCAGAAGAGGACUUUCUCCCACUAGAUUUUAUCAACUCUCCCCCGCCACCUUUGCGCCAUACACAUUCUGCACCUCCUCCUCAUCCUUUAUCAAAUCAUGGUGGCAAUGGCAUGAGAAAAUUUGCUACUGUUGGAUCUGUGGUGGGAAUAUGUUCUGUUUUUGCCCUGCUUCUGCUGUGUUGUUUGAAGAAGAGUAGCAAAAACGGAGAUCGAUAUAAAGACGAGAGACCUCUUCUCACCCUGGCCUCAAAUGAUUUUUCCACUGGUUCAUCACAGAAAUCUAUUAGUUUAGGAAAUUCCAGUAACAAAGAAUUUCGUGCAAGCAGCCAAAAGUUUGAGAGCAAUUUUUCCAUGAAAUCUGAAAAUCAUGAAUUAUCUGAAGCCACAACAUCAGCACCACUUCCUCCACUGAAACCUCCGCCCGGAAAAUCUGCUCCACCACCUCCUCCUCCUGGACCUCGCCCUCCUCCGCCUCCAAAGUUAGUCCGCCCCCCGCCCGCUCCACCAAAAGCGAUGCCUGGUAAAAGCCAGCCUCAUUUGAAACCACCUCGCGCAGCGCACGGUGAUUCUACUCGCGGUGAUGAUUCUGAUGCUGAAUCUGGAUCUCAGAAGGCCAAGUUGAAGCCAUUCUUUUGGGACAAGACCAUUCUCAUGAAUACUGACCAAUCAAUGGUCUGGCAUGAGAUCAGUGCAGGGUCAUUCCAGUUUAAUGAGGAGAUGAUAGAGUCUCUAUUUGGUUAUACCACUGUGGACAAGAACAAAAAUGAACGCAAGAAAGAGUUGUCGACUUUAGAGCCUAUUCAGUACAUUCAGAUAAUUGAAACUAAGAAAGCACAAAAUCUAUCAAUUCUUUUGCGAGCACUGAAUGUGACAACAGAAGAAGUUGUCGACGCCCUUUGCGAAGGCAACGAGCUUCCAAUAGAUCUCCUCCAGACGCUCUUGAAGGUCAGCCCAACAGCCGAAGAGGAACUAAAGCUCAGGUUGUUCACGGGUGACCAUUCUCAACUUGGCCCUGCGGAGCGGUUCCUCAAAGUCUUGGUUGACAUCCCAUUUGCCUUUAAACGACUAGAGUCAUUGUUGUUCAUGUGUUCCUUUCAGGAGGAAUCCUCUAGCAUUAAAGAAUCCUUCGCAACUUUGGAGGUUGCUUGCAACAAACUCAGAAGCAGCAGGCUAUUCUUUAAGCUUUUAGAAGCAGUUCUUAAGACUGGCAAUCGCAUGAAUGAUGGAACCUACCGGGGUGGUGCGCAAGCAUUUAGGCUUGACACACUCUUGAAACUUGCUGAUGUAAAGGGAACCGAUGGAAAGACAACGCUUUUGCACUUUGUUGUGAAGGAGAUAAUCCGUUCCGAGGGUGCAAAAGCUUUGCGCGCACUCAGAGCAAGUGGGAGCAUGUCCAGCGUGAAGACUGAUGACUUCCUCGAGGACGUUGCUGAGGCAAGCUCCACGGAGCAGCAUCGUAGUUUUGGACUCGAGGUGGUCUCAGGUUUAAGCAGUGAACUUGAAGAUGUCAGAAAGGCAGCAGUGAUAGAUGCCGAGGCCUUAACGGCUACUAUAUCAAGAUUGGGCCAUUCAUUGUUGAAGACAAGAGAUUUUCUAAAGCUUGAGAUGGGCAACUUGAAUGAAGAUAGCGAAUUUCAUCGAAAUCUCAAUUGUUUUGUGGAGAAAGCCGAAGCUGAUACAACACGGAUGUUAGAGGAAGAAAAGAGGAUGAUGGCUCUUGUGAAGAGCACAACAGACUACUUUCAUGGGAAUGCAGGGAAGGAUGAAGGCUUGCGCUUAUUCGUGAUUGUUCGCGAUUUCUUGAUCAUGUUAGAUAAAGUGUGCAGAGAGGAGGUUAAAUGUUCAGCAGCAAAGCCUAUGAGGAAUUCUAAUUCAAACAAAGAGGCUUCAAGCGUUUCUGCUGCUCCCGAAAAUCUUCAGUCACUUUCGGAUGUUCGCCAGCGACUCUUUCCAGCAAUUUCAGAACGGCGGAUGGUAGAUUCAAGUUCAGAUGAAGAGAGUUCAACUCCUUAACUUCUCAUUUGCUUAUAGCUAGGUGCCGCUAAAUUCUUGGCUGCAUGACGACCAGAUAACACUUUGCAGAAUUAGUCCAUAUCUCAUUUCUAUCAACAACAGAUCAUAUGAGGAUUGCAUUUCAGUUUUUGACGUAUCAAAACUCUUCUGGUUAAAGAGUAUUCUAAUUGAAAGCGAUCAAGCUGCAUUACCAAGUCCCUCUUAAAGUACAAAAAAAAAAAAAAAGAAUUUCAGAUGUACAGGAAAACUUUGCCCAAGUUCUCC